AUGGAGCUCCUGCGUUGCAAGGUGAUCGGGGCCGGUGUUGCCGGCUUGGUGUGCGCACGUGAACUCCGGCGACGUGGUCUUGGUGUGGAGGUCUUCGAAGCAUCGGAUGCAGUUGGUGGACGAGUUCGCACCGAUGCUGUUGCCUUGCCAGGUCAGAAAAAUCCUGGAAGGCCUUUUCUUCUAGACAGGGGCUUCCAGAUCCUGAUCGAGGCCUACCCAGAGGUACGGCGACAGUUAAAUCUGAAACGCUUGGGGCUUCGAGGUUUCGCUCCUGGCGCCGUGCUGGCAUUUGGGGAUGGAGACUUCAGGAUUGUCGCCGAUCCCACGAGGAGCCACCCCAAAUACAUUUUCAAGACCCUCUCAGCCGGCAUUGCGAGCCUGCGAGAUCUGUGUACUUUGGUCUUCCUGCGUCUCAAGCAGGUGUUUCUGGAGAAGCCGUAUGCAGCGCUAGAGCGCAGCUCAGUCACAGGGGCGAAGCGACUCAGCACAGAAGAAUUCUUGCUGGAUUCCUUGCAUUUAUCUUCGAAUCUGGUAGAGCGCUUUCUGCGCCCAUUCUUCGAAGCGAUUUACGUUUCCCCACUCAGAGAGCAGUCAUCGGCCUGCUUUGAGUUUGUACUUCGCAUGCUGGCGGAUGGUGGGACUUCGCUACCUUCGAAAGGGAUGCAAGCUAUCCCAGAGCAGCUCGCCGAAGGACAGGUGGUGCAUCUGGAGUCACCGGUAGCUGAGAUACGCCGCGACGGACUCCGGCUGGCUUCUGGUGAAUGGAAAGACUUUGAUGCAGUUGUUGUUGCCGUUGAUUGGCCUGCGGCUGAGAAGCUUGUGCCAGAGGUUUCGGCUGCUCGCGCGACAUCCAGCAGCACUUGGUACUUUGCACUUCCGUCGCCUCCCCCAGUCUCUGAUCCCAUCAUCAUCCUCAAUAGCACGCUGCGCGAGGGUGGUGAAGGUGAAGAGUUUGCACGCAUUGUGAAUGUCGGCUUUCCGUCGGUUGUUCAGAACACCUAUGCGCCCGAAGGCUGGGAUCUCGCUGCAGCUACAAUUCGCGGACGUUCCGAUGUUGAGGAGGGCUGGGUGCGGCAAGAGCUUGCGGCACUGUUUGGGGAGAGCUUGGAGAAGUGGAAGUUGUUGCGAGUUUAUAACCUUGGCUUCCACCAGCCACAGCAGACGCGGAGGCUUUGGCCACCUCGUGAUCCUCUCAUUGCUGAGAAGGGGGUGUAUGUCUGCGGAGAUCACUGUGCCGAGCCGACCUUGGACUCAGCCAUGCGAUCGGGCAGACGGGCUGCCGAAGCCAUCGUGCAGGCAAUGCCAUAG